UUCAUUUUUUUUAUAUCUCAUUUCAAAUAUCCAUGGUUGUUUUUUUGGAGAGGGUGAAUUGUGUGAUUGAUUGUUAGAGAGAGAAAAUCAAAUAGAGAAGUACGGAGUAAUAAAUAUUAGAAAUUUAAGUUUGAGAGUGACAGUUAAAAAAAAAAGUAAGAUUCUUUGCUUAUAUAUGGAGUUCUUGUUGAAUAUCCAUGCUGAUUUUUGAAUUUUUUUUAGAGAGAGAAAAAAUUGAAGAGAAGAGAAUAAUUACAGAGAAAAGUGAGAAAAAAUUGCAGAGAAGAGAGAGAGAUUUGGGUUGAAGCUUACUUUCCAUGGAGUUUGCAAUUUUUUAGAGAGAGAAAACUAGAGAAAGGAGAGAGAAAGUAAAUUGAUGUUGGGAAGUAAAUGAUUUUUUGGGAGGAGAAGUUGAAAUCAAUGUUGAUGAUGGUGGUUUAAAAGUGACGGUUUUUUUUUUAAAAAGAGUGAUGGAUUUUGUUGGGUGGACCGUUUUUAGUGGUCUGGUCCGCGUUCGUGUUUCGGCUGUUGGGCCUUGUUGUAGCCAUCUUGGCUGCAGUAGAGUGCAGCCAAGACCUGUUGGCUCACAGUUUAUUACGAGAUAUUGAAUUAGAUAAUUUGGACCAAAUAAUUGGAUAAAUGCUAAUUCUUAAUUGUCCUAAUUCAAAUUAGCCUAAUAUAACCAGCAUGGCAUUUAACCAAUUCUACUAAUUCCCAUUCUUUCAAUUUUUAGCGCCUAAAAGGUUAUAAUCGUCAAUCACAUUACAACAAAGGGCUUAAACACGGCGUUUCAAUCAUCCAACACAUUAAAACGACGAAAAAAAUAACAAAUUUACACUUCACAAAUAAAUGACUUAUCUCGUAAAAUUAACCUCAAAUAAAGGGUAAAACAGUACUUUCAAACUAAAUAGUACCAGUACAGUGAAAAAAGGGGGGAAACAACAUUCUACACGACCUCACUCCACUACCCUCAUUCACUAAACUCAAGAACUCAACCAUCUUCCUUCAAUGGCAGAUGAUUCCCAGAUGAAAAUGGAGGCAUUGAAGAAAGUAUAUGCAGAAGUAAUAAUGAACACUUCAAAAGAAGCAGCAGCAAGAGUUAUGGCGGCAGAAUGCAAAGCUCUUAGCUUUCAGCAGCAAUUGGUUUCUUUGAAAGAGGAGUCUCUUAACAUGCUUCUUCGUUUAAAAGAUCAUUUUAAUUCCAUGCUUAUAGAGGCAGAAGCUAGAUCUUUGAAACAAGAAAUGAAAAUCGAAGAGCUUGAAGCACAGCUCUGCGAGGCUGAGGGAAUCAUUGUAGAUCUCAGGGAUGAGUUCAAUCAAGUACAGGAGCAUUUGGAGAUUAUGAGGCAAACCCAGGAAAAGCCUCUGAGUAAUAAUCAUAUCCUUGUAACCAAUGAGCCUGUUCAAGAAUGUGCGCCUCAAGAUAAUGUUCCUCAUUCUUUCAUAUCCCAGGUCUCAGAUACAAAUUCUGUAUUGGUAGAUAAUGAGAAGAAAGCUGUGUCUCUACAUACAACAGCACCUUAUAGGUUUUUUCAAGACAUAAAUGAUGCUGACCUAUCUACUAGUUCACAUUUGAAUCAACUUCAUGCUCCUAAUGAUGAUUGUAGUUCCAUCAUAAUGCAAAAUAGGGAAACUGAUUUAUGCAGAAAUGGAUCAACACAAAGGAUAUGUGCAUUUCAAGGAAACUUGCCAAAUGUAAUGCUGCCUAGUUCACAAUCUGAAGAUCCAAAAAAUUUGCUAAACGUUCAGUCAACAACCAAUGCAGAGGAAACAUUGUUUUGCAGGCAGCAUGAAAAUGAUAGUGUUAACAUUUUUUCCAAGACUAAUCAGAGUAAUGUCAAGAAUAUUCCAUUGAGACAGUUAUCACAGCAUAGCAGCUGUUACGAAGACCAAGCGGUCAAAUCUCUUCGCAGAUCUACUCGAAAAAAUGCCAAAUACAGGGAAGCAAUUGCUUCCUUGCAGGGUUCUCGUAAAAAGUUUGAAAAAACACGAUUGCAGCAUAUUCAUGGUCCAUUGAAACGAUGUUCCAGUGUUGUGAAUGUGCCUGUUGAGUUUCCAAUGGGUGUAGUUGAAAUGGAUCCUAAGAAGAUUAAAGUUUGUUGUGUGUCAGAAUCUGAUGACUUGAACUUGGGCUGUAAUUUUGAGAAUGUAGCAUGUGCCGGAGAAGGAAAUGGUGCAGAAACCAGAGAGGAUUCAUGGGAUAAAUCACAUACUGUUACUGAUGGUGCAUUACAGGAUUCAGUGCUGGUUGAUGUGCCUAUUGCAAAAGGAUUUGGCAGCAGUCAUUGUCAAUUACUCAAGAAUGUGGUGUGUGCUGAAGAAGGAAAUGGUACAAAAGAGGCUUUAAUUGAUAAGUCCCAUACUAUUCCUGAUGAUGCCCUACAGGAUUCAUUGCUGAUUGAUGUGCCUAUCUCGGAAGAAUUUGGUAGCAGUCACUGUCCGUUAGCUGGGAGAGACAGAGUUCUAAAAUUUACAUUCCAUCGAAAGCGCCGAAAGACUGUUUUGGGAAAAAUUGAUGAGAACAUCCUUCAUGAUAGGGACACACCAAAGAGGGGAUUGGAGAAUCCAACUGAUGUUGCUGUGAUGGAAAAUGGUAUUUCUAAGAUGAAAUGCAUGUAGAUAGUGGGAAUAUGAACUUAUAUAGUUGACUGGAACGAGGUGUUGAUGGACAUAGCAAACAUAGAAGUACUGAUCCAUGACUGGCAGAUGUAAAUUCUCUCUCUCACCUUUUCUUACUUCAGUUUCUUGAAGGAACAACCAAGGUUUACUGUCUUACUGAGGUCUUGAAGAACUUAAUAUGGCUGUGGACAGAUUUAGCAAUUCUUGAUGUUAUUCCAAACUUUUUUAGUGGUAGCUCUAUGUGUAGUAACUGAGCCCCUUACUAGUGUUACUAUCUUGUUUCAACUCGCAACGCUGCAAUUGAUGAAUUCUUAGAUUGUAAAGCAGCUUAUACAGUGUCUAUUUGUCUUUCCUGUCAACAAGUGAUCUUUCAUGUUAGUUAAAUUGGAAACAUUAAAAAGAUUAAUUAGAUUAAAUAGUUUUACAAAGUUCAUGGUAUACAAA